CCAUCAUUACCAUGGAUCCAUAUUUCCAGCAAAAGAUGAUAUCUUGCUUUUCCUCCUCCGAUACCCUCCCCUUCCAGCUCAUCACACUUGCAACCAUUCUUCUUGUAGUCACCUUAUUCAUCCUAAUUAAGCAGAAGAAGCUAUCCAAAACUGCCGCCGCUGCUUUAAACCUGCCGCCGGGGCCAAAAAAGCUUCCCAUCAUAGGAAACAUCCACCAGAUGCCCGGCGACCUCCCCCACCGGCGACUCAGGGACCUGGCCGGGAAACACGGCCCCGACGUGAUGAGCCUUCAGCUUGGGGAGCUCUCUUACAUCGUAAUCUCAACUCCUGAAGCCGCCAAACUGGUGAUGAAGACCCACGACGUAGCUUUCGCUUCGAGGCCUUACCUCCUGGUCACCGACAAGCUCUUCUAUGGUCGCAAGGGCAUAGGUUUCGCGCCCUACGGAGAUCACUGGAGGCAGAUGCGCAAGCUCUGCACGCUCGAGCUCUUCAGCGCCAGAAGAGUCCAGUCUUUUCGUCGCAUCAGGGAAGAAGCGGUGGCCAAUCUCGUGGCCUCUCUUACUGCAGCAGCUGCAGGGGAGACUAGUGUGGAUCUCACUCGGAUGGCAUCUACUGUGACGAGCGCCAUAACUACAAGGGCAGCAUUCGGUAAAGCGCAGGAGCUAACCGACGCUGCUAAUUUUAUGGUGGUUGUCGAUAAUAUUUCAGAUCUUCUUGGAGGUUUCAGGAUCACUGAUCUCUAUCCUUCCCUCACCUUCUUGCCUGCCCUCACCGGGCUCAAAGCUAAGCUAGAGAAGAUGAGCAAGGCAUCGGAUUCGGUACUUGAUCAAAUAAUCGAUGAGCAUAAAUCGAGAAGAACAAGGGCGGCAACGACCAAAGAUGAUCGCCAUGGAUCAUAUAAAGAGGAUCUGGUUGAUGUCCUUCUGAAUCUUCAAGAGAAGCAGGUGGAUCUUGGAGCUCCUCCCAUCACAAUGGAGGUCGUAAAAGCUAUAACUUUGGAGCUAUUUCUAGCUGGAAUUGAAACAUCAGCUACAACAAUAGAGUGGACCAUGUCAGAAAUGAUAAAUAAUUCGAGGGUUCUACAAAUGGCACAAGAGGAGGUUAGACAAGUAUAUGGUGAUGAUGGCAAAAACCAUAUCGACGAAGCAAGUCUUGAUCAAUUGAAUUAUUUGGAUAUGGUAAUCGCCGAGAGUUUAAGAUUACACCCACCAGGUCCUUUGCUUCUUCCAAGAGAAAAUGGAAAUCAAAAGGUGGAACUCAGUUCAUAUGAGGUCCCAAUCAACACCAAAGUUAUCGUGAACGUCUGGGCGAUCAAUCGAGAUCCUCGUUACUGGAAAGAGGCAGAGAGAUUCCUUCCGGAAAGAUUUAUGGACUACUCAAUCGAUUAUAAGGGAACCGAUUUUCAAUUCAUUCCAUUUGGUGCUGGAAGAAGGAUGUGUCCUGGAGUUUCUUUUGGAAUGGCCAUUGUGAAACUUACUCUAGCAAAUUUGCUUUUCCAUUUUCAUUGGGCACUUCCCGCUGGACAGAAAAGCAUUGAUAUGACAGAAUGCUUUGGAAUGACACUAAGGAAACAAUAUGCUCUCCAUCUUAUUCCAGUUUCAUAUAAUCGCGUGCCUUUUGAAUGAAGGAGUUUGUAACAAAGAUGGUAAUAUUAUAUUUAUGUUUUUUUUUUUGUUUAAAUAUGUAUAAUUUCU